AUGGAAGCUCUAAACAACCUUCCAGCUGAAAUUCUUCUCAGCAUCAAUGCACAUGCAGCAGACUGGGUCAGUCUUGAAAGCCUCUUACAAGUCUCUCCGCGGAUAGGUGAGCUUUUUUCAGGUGACGCCAACACUAAAGCUGUUCCUGAAGCCAUUUACCUGGUUGAAUCAAUUCUCAAAAAGAACCCCAUCAUGGGCCAUGGAUUGCACCGCCAAUUUCGCAUGGCCCUGGGACUACGCCGGCCUUGCUUUGCAGAUACUAGCCUGGCUGAGUUCAUGGCUCGAGAUCAUUCUUUGUUGUUGACAGCCUCCCCUUCUUUGAUAUCCCCUGCCAUGCUAAAAGAGAUGGUGAUUAUUGCGGUCAACAUACAGCGGUUAGCAUGCGCCUGUUUGAGCACCCUUUUGGCCCGUGUCGGAAAGGUUCAGCCGCGGCGCUAUGAGGGGUAUCCAGUUCCGGAGGCCAACAUUUACAGAGUGACGGGCACCGCACAAUAUGAGCCACGCGACGCGGGCCCUCCCUCCUGGAUUGAGGAGUAUCGGGUCUACCGUGCGCUCUGGCACCUGCAGUUGUAUUCCGACCUGUCGAUCGCUGGGGCCCGGCUGAACUGGCCUCAAGGUGACCUCGAGAAUUGGCGGACUGAAGUCACGGACUGGGAUAGGGUGCCCCCAGUGGUUAGGGAGGAACUCCGGACCAUAUCAGAAUGCCUGGAGAGUCUGUACGAGGUUGAUGGUAUCCUUCGCACUACACAGUCUCAGGUCACUUCGACCGACGACGGGAGACCCCUCAUCUCUCAGCUGCCGAAUGCUUCUCAACUGCGAUGCAGUUUCGAUGUCUGGGCUCCUCCGUCUCCGCCUGAAAUUCCCGACCAUGAGGAUGGUGUCCCUAUGGAUAUUUGGGGCCAGGGUCUUGUAUCGAUCGACCGGAAUAGCAUGGCCGGUUGGUUCAGAGCCUUCCAGCGCCGGACGGGUAGACAUCCCGCCAUACACCAAGGCUGCAGUAUCCAGGAUGCCCGUCCAUGGCGCGGACUAGGUAUGCCAAUUUGGGACCUCUGGCGAUUAUACUGCCUAGGACUCUGGUCAGCUAGGUACCCCCGCGGGCGGCGUCCUGGACCUAUCCCGGCUCCUGAUGGAUCAGAGGUUCCGGAAGGUGAUUAUCCAUUUGGCGGGGACACGGGACUAGAUUAUCGGGUUUCUGUUUUUAUGCAGGCGCGGACGCAGAUGGAAAUUCAGGAAUGUCAGCAGAGGGUAGCGGAGGAGCGGUUUGCUAAAGAAUGA